AUGGCGCCUCCAGCGAUUAUAGCGCCCUCAAUCUUGAGCGCCGACUUUGGCGCUCUGGGCAAAGCAUGCUCGGAUACCAUAGGGCAGGGCGCAGAUUGGCUACAUGUGGAUAUCAUGGAUGGCCACUUCGUACCGAAUAUGACCUUUGGCGCUCCUGUUGUGACCAUGAUCCGUCCACACGUCGACCGGCCUAAGGAGGCAUUCGGGAAGGGGACGUUCGAUUGUCACAUGAUGAUAGCAGAGCCGAAGAAAUGGGUAAAGGACUUCAAGAAAGCUGGCUGCGAUCUUUACUGCUUUCACUACGAAGCCGCCAUAUCGUCGACGGCCGCAGAGACGCCUGAAGGCCACAGCGACCAGGAGACUAGCCCUAAAGAACUGAUCAAGUACAUUCACGAUCAAGGACUGAGAGCUGGAAUUGCAAUCAAGCCCAAGACGCCGGUGGACGUACUCUACGAGAUUCUGGACAAUCCUAACAAGGAGGAAGUGCCUGACAUGGCUCUGGUGAUGACCGUAGAGCCUGGAUUCGGUGGCCAGAAGUUUAUGCCCGAUAUGAUGCCCAAGGUCGAAGCGCUGCGAAAGCGAUACCCCGAGUUGAAUAUCGAGGUCGAUGGGGGGCUCGGCGAGAAGACCAUCGACACUGCCGCAGACGCUGGGGCAAACGUGAUAGUGGCGGGCAGCGCUGUGUUUGGCGCAAAGGACCCGAGCCACGUUAUCAAGCUGCUUCGGGAGGCCGUCGAGAAGCGGCGGUGA